AAUAUUUUUUGACGAGCACUUAAGUAAAUAUUAAAAUUUAUAUUGAACCACGAAUGUAUAAAUUACCUUUUCGCUUUGACUAACUGGCAAUUGCUUAGCCUGACUUAAUUAUAUUAAAAGCCAAAGAUUUCCACGUCUGGCGAAACUCUGAUCAAUUAGUGCAAAUAUUAUAAUUCGAAGCAGUCCCGAAAGACUUAGAAAUACAUAAAAAAAAGGGCCCUCCGCUCUUAUACAUGACAAGUAUAAGAUGAUUCAGAAACAGUGAUGCGAUGAUAUAUUAGAAUGCAUCUUCUCAGGGCCGGCAAAUAUAGCAGAAACGCCCCCGGUUGUUGGCUUUUCGACUGUGAAUGAAACAAAAUGCCAAAACAAAAAGCCUAAACAAAAAACAAAAAACCCGCGGAAGUGAGCGAUCGAGUUAACGGUGUGAAACAGAUUGCUGACUUAUUUGGCCAACAUUUUGGCAAGGUCAAUGUCGGGUGUGUGCCAAAGUGAUUCGUCUGCAGGCAGGGCCAGAAAACAAGAGACGAUCUCGAGAGUGGGGCGUGAAAGCAGUUUGGCUCCAACCAGUUGAUGACGUUCUGGCCCAAAACUUGCAAAGUUCCGCUCGGCCUGCGGUGAUCAUUGUUUUAAGGUGCCGAAGGUCUUCUGGUUUUUUUUUCGAUUUUGCUAAACUUAUUUGGAAAUUAACUCAAGAACUCUGUGGUAUAAAAUAUUAUUGGGUUUUUCAGUCAGUCUUCAGUUGCUGAUCUGCAUUCGACGGUCACGGAAUGUUUCUACCCGCGCGAUUGGCUCUAUUGAGCCUUCUAUUUUCGUUGUCCCACGGGCAAAGGAGUAAAUCGAGGCAGGAUCAGCCGCAGGGCAGGACCCUAGGUCUAUUGACACCUCUUUUACUGGGAGGUGGUGGUCCGCUCUUCGAUGUAUCCCCUCCAAUCAGACCUGGUGGUGGAUCGGCAUCUUCAGUUGGUGGCGGAGGCACUCAAUCGGAUCCUCUGGACUCGUACUACGGAGGCAGUUAUCCCAGUUAUGGAUAUAGGCCUAACUAUGGAUAUGGCUAUCCCAAUUACGGCUACAACUAUGGAUAUCCCGGCUUGGGCUAUGGCUUUGGCCAGAACUACUAUAGACCCAACUACUACAACUAUGGUGGCUAUCAGAGACCGCAGCAGUAUUACGGUUACAGGCCGACUUAUAGUUCCAUAGGUGCAUCUGCGGGUUAUCCCUCUUAUGGAGGAUAUGGUAGUACAGCUAGCAUAUCUAGUUCUCCCACAUCAUCGGCAAUUGGAGUGGGAUCAGGAGCAGGAGCAGUAACUGGAGCUGGUUCACAGCUGUCCACCGCCCAGCAAGCCCAGUUAGCUGGAAUUUUGGGCCAGGCUUUGGGUAGCAGUCUACGCCCCCUUCUAGCAAAUGGGGGCGGGGCAGCGGGUGCCACUGGGGCGGGCGCUAAUCCUCAAGCGCUGAGCGGUCUGCUCAGUCUGCUCGGCUAGGCUAUAAAUCCGUCAGUAUUAAUAACAAUCACAUUAUUAAGUCAUUGAAACUACAUUACAGAUUUUCGUAGCUACAGUUUUUUCCAUUCUUCAAGAAUUAGCGGAAAAAUAAUCAAAUUUCUACUUCUUUUGAAUAAUUUCUUUUUCUUUUCUUUUUGAAUCAUCUUUUCAUUUAUGAAUAUACAAAUCAAAUCUGUUUGAUACA